GCAGAAAUAAUUGAAAAACAAAAUAUAUGUCCAUUUCAAACGAUCUAUCCGCGUAUAGGAAAAUUCUAAAGUAAUUGGAAACCUAGCAUCAGAAUACAUAUCGACAGCAAAAAGCAGAGACGGACAACAAAAGAGAAAAAAAAGCAAUCCCAGUGACCGUUAUCGGAGUCCGAGGUCAAAAUUCGAAAUCUAGCAUCAGUAGACAUUCCGGCAGCAAAGCAGAGACGGACAACAAAAGAGAGAAGCAAUCGCAGUGACCGUUCUCCGAGCGGGGCUUGUGGAGCUCGGACCCGAUCAAGUUGACCAUGGCUAGGGUUUAUGACAACUGGGAGCGCCUGGUGCGAGCCACCUUGAAGAGGGAGCAGCUACGAAGUGCCGGCCAGGGUCAUGAAAGAACUCCCAGCGGCAUCGCCGGUGCGGUGCCGCCGUCACUAGUCCGGACAACGAACAUUGAUCUGAUCUUGCAGGCAGCCGAUGAGAUUCAGACUGAGGAUCCGAAUGUUGCCAGAAUCUUGUGUGAGCAGGCGUAUACCAUGGCACAAAACUUGGACCCGAGUAGUGAUGGUAGAGGUGUUCUUCAGUUCAAGACUGGUUUGAUGUCUGUAAUUAAGCAAAAACUUGCCAAGAGAGACGGGGCUCGUAUAGAUCGUAAUCGGGAUGUUGAACAUUUGUGGGAAUUUUAUCAACGUUACAAGAGACGGUACAGAGUGGAUGACAUCCAGAAAGAGGAGCAGAAAUGGCGGGAAUCUGGAACCUUUUCUGCUAAUUUGGGGGAGUUGGAACUAAGAUCUUUGGAAAUGAAAAAAGUCUUUGCCACACUGAAGGCCUUGGUUGAGGUCAUGGAGGCUCUCAGCAAAGAUGCCGACCCUGAUGGGGUAGGAAGACUUAUAAUGGAGGAGUUGCGCAGAAUUAAAAAGGUUGGGGAGCUGACACCCUACAACAUUGUCCCUCUGGAAUCACCAUCUUUAGCAAAUGUUAUUGGAGUUUUCCCAGAAGUAAGAGGUGCUGUAGCUGCGAUUAAAUAUACUGAGCACUUCCCUAGACUUCCUGCAGAAUUUGAUAUUUCUGGACAACGAGAUGCAGACAUGUUUGAUCUCCUGGAAUAUGUGUUUGGAUUUCAGAAAGACAACAUAAGGAACCAACGGGAGAACGUUGUUCUUUCCAUAGCUAAUGCACAGUCCCGACUUGGCAUACCUAGUCAGGCUGAUAUUAAAAUUGACGAGAAAGCAAUCAAUGAAGUAUUUUUGAAGGUGCUGGACAACUACAUCAAAUGGUGCAAGUACCUGCGAAUACGGCUUGUGUGGAAUAGUUUGGAGGCGAUCACUAGGGACAGAAAACUAUUUUUGGUUUCACUGUACUUCCUUAUAUGGGGUGAAGCUGCGAAUGUCCGUUUCCUUCCUGAAUGCAUUUGCUACAUUUUUCACCAUAUGGCAAAAGAAUUAGAUGCAAUAUUGGAUCAUGGAGAAGCUAAUCCCUCUACUAGUUGUAUGACUGAAAAUGGCUCCCCUAACUUCCUUGAGCAAAUCAUCUAUCCUAUUUAUAAGACAAUGACAGCGGAAGCUGAUAGAAACAAUAAUGGAAAAGCUGCACAUUCAGCAUGGAGGAAUUAUGAUGAUUUCAAUGAAUUUUUUUGGUCACGUGCUUGCUUUAAGCUGAGCUGGCCAAUGAGGGAAAAUUCACCGUUUUUGUUGAAGCCCAAAACGCGAAAAAGGACUGGAAAAAGCACUUUCGUUGAGCAUCGAACCUUUUUUCACCUCUAUCGAAGUUUUCACCGUCUUUGGAUCUUCUUGGCUGUAAUGUUCCAGGCUUUGACGAUCAUAGCUUUCAAUAGCAGCCACAUCAAUUCAGACACGUUUAAAUAUGUGCUUAGUAUUGGGCCAACAUUUGCCAUCAUGAACUUUGUUGAAAGCUGUUUAGACAUCUUGCUUAUGUUUGGGGCUUACUCAACUGCGAGGGCCAUGGCUAUCACAAGGCUGGUUAUUAGGUUUCUUUGGUAUGGCUCGGGCUCUGUCGGUGUAACAUUUCUUUAUGUGAAGGUUCUGCAGGAAACUCAUGAGCGAAACGCGAGUUCGUUCUAUUUUCAUAUAUACAUCAUUGUGCUGGGUGUUUAUGCAGCGUUGCGCUUAGUCCUUGCUCUGUUACUUAAGUUUCCUGCUUGUCAUGCUAUAUCUGAGAUGUCUGAUCACCCAUUCUUCCUAAUUUUCAAGUGGAUUUAUCAGGAGCGGUACUUUGUUGGGCGUGGUCUUUUUGAGAGAAUGAGUGAUUAUAUCAGGUAUGUUAUCUAUUGGUUGGUGAUCUUCCUGUGCAAAUUCACAUUUGCUUACUUUCUUCAGAUUAAACCUCUGGUCGAACCCACCAAAACAAUUGUAGACCUUUCAUUUUUGCAGUAUUCAUGGCAUGAUUUGAUCUCAAAGAACAAUAAUAAUGCCUUGACUGUAGCAAGCAUAUGGGCACCUGUUGUUGCUAUCUAUCUCAUGGACAUUCACAUAUGGUACACUAUUCUGUCAGCCAUUGUUGGUGGUGUAAUGGGCGCACGGGCUCGCUUGGGCGAGAUACGUUCAAUCGAAAUGGUGCAUAAACGUUUUGAGAGCUUUCCAGAAGCCUUUGUCAAGAAUCUUGUUUCUACACAAGCGAAAAGCAGGAUGCCAUUCAAUGCACAAGCAUCUCAGGAAUCUCAAGAUAUGAACAAGACAUAUGCUGCCCUAUUUGCCCCAUUUUGGAAUGAGAUGGUCAAAAGCUUUCGGGAGGAAGAUUUUAUCAGUAACAGGGAGAUGGACUUGCUUUGCAUGCCUAGUAACGCAGGAAGCCUAAGAUUAGUCCAAUGGCCAUUAUUUCUUCUGAGCAGUAAGAUUCUAUUGGCAGUUGAUUUGGCUAUAGACUGCAAAGAUACACAGAAAGAUCUAUGGGAUAGAAUAUGUAGAGAUGAAUACAUGGCAUAUGCAGUUCAGGAGUGCUACUAUAGUAUUGAAAAAAUAUUACACUCCCUAGUCGAUGGAGAGGGAAGGCUUUGGGUCGAAAGAAUCUUCCGUGAAAUCAACAACAGCAUAUUGGAGGGCUCUCUUGUUAUAACUUUAUCUCUUAAGAAGCUUCCAACGGUGUUAUCAAGAUUUACUGCACUAACUGGAUUAAUGAUACGAAAUGAAACACCUGAACUUGCAAAAGGUGCUGCAAAAGCUGUAUAUGAGCUGUAUGAGGUUGUUACGCAUGAUCUGCUGUCCACUGAUUUAAGGGAGCAGCUUGAUACAUGGAACAUCUUAGCGAGAGCGAGAAAUGAAGGGCGUUUAUUUUCUCAAAUAGAAUGGCCCAAGGAUCCCGAAAUUAAGGAUCAGGUGAAGCGGUUGCACCUUCUUCUGACUGUGAAGGACUCGGCAGAUAAUAUUCCAAAAAAUCUAGAAGCUAGAAGAAGAUUGGAGUUCUUUACAAACUCUUUAUUUAUGGACAUGCCUCCAGCGAAGCCAGUUUGCGAAAUGAUGCCCUUCUGUGUCUUCACUCCAUACUACAGUGAGACUGUACUUUAUAGUUUGUCUGAGUUGCGGGUUGAAAAUGAGGACGGGGUAUCUACACUUUUCUAUCUUCAGAAAAUUUUUCCAGAUGAAUGGGAAAACUUUUUGGAACGAAUCGGAAGAGGUGAUUCCAUCGGGGAUGUAGAUCUUCAAAACAACUCAAUUGAUUCUUUGGAGCUUCGGUUUUGGGCAUCUUAUCGUGGGCAGACGCUAGCAAGAACUGUACGUGGUAUGAUGUAUUAUAGAAGGGCAUUAAUGCUACAGAGUUUUCUAGAAAGGAGGUCGUUGGGAGUGGAUGAUUCCAGUCGAUCCGACUUCCCCACAACUCAAGGUUUUUCGUUGUCACGGGAAUCGAGGGCACAAGCGGAUUUGAAGUUUACUUAUGUGGUUUCUUGUCAAAUUUAUGGGCAACAAAAGCAACGUAAGGCGCCAGAAGCUGCUGAUAUUGCUCUUUUGUUGCAGAGGAACGAGGCGCUUCGAGUUGCUUUUAUUCAUGUGGAGGAGAUUGGUGCAGCUGAUGGAAAUAUUUCCAAGGAAUUUUACUCAAAGCUUGUCAAAGCUGAUAUACACGGAAAGGAUCAGGAAGUAUAUUCUAUUAAACUUCCUGGAGAUCCCAAGCUUGGAGAAGGAAAGCCUGAGAACCAAAACCAUGCCAUAGUCUUCACACGUGGGGAAGCCGUUCAAACUAUUGACAUGAAUCAGGACAAUUAUCUCGAGGAGGCAAUGAAAAUGAGAAAUCUUCUUGAAGAAUUUCAUGGAGAUCAUGGCAUUCGACCUCCCACUAUUCUUGGUGUUAGGGAGCAUGUUUUUACUGGAAGUGUCUCAUCUUUAGCUUGGUUUAUGUCCAAUCAAGAGACUAGUUUUGUCACAUUGGGCCAGCGCGUCUUGGCAAAGCCCCUUAAAGUCCGCAUGCACUAUGGGCAUCCGGAUGUGUUUGAUAGAGUAUUUCAUAUAACUCGAGGUGGCAUUAGCAAGGCAUCACGCGUUAUCAACAUUAGCGAAGAUAUAUUUGCCGGAUUCAACUCCACAUUGAGGCAAGGGAAUAUUACCCACCACGAAUAUAUUCAGGUUGGGAAAGGAAGAGAUGUGGGGUUGAACCAGAUUGCGCUGUUUGAAGGAAAAGUGUCUGGAGGAAAUGGAGAGCAAGUCCUAAGUAGGGAUGUGUACAGGAUUGGUCAGCUAUUUGACUUCUUCAGAAUGCUUUCUUUCUAUUUCACAACUGUUGGUCAUUAUGUUUGCACAAUGAUGACAGUCCUCACUGUAUACAUAUUCUUGUAUGGAAGAGCUUACUUGGCUUUCUCUGGAGUUGAUCGUGCAAUCUCACGUGAAGCGAAAAUGUCGGGUAACACAGCUUUGAAUGCGGCUCUUAAUGCACAAUUCUUGGUCCAGAUUGGAAUCUUCACUGCCGUCCCCAUGAUAAUGGGAUUUAUACUUGAGCUGGGAUUGUUGAAGGCUGUUUUCAGUUUUAUUACCAUGCAACUUCAGUUGUGUUCUGUAUUCUUCACAUUCUCGUUGGGAACUAGAACUCAUUAUUUUGGGCGUACUAUUCUUCAUGGAGGUGCAAAAUACAGAGCCACUGGUCGAGGCUUUGUAGUCCGUCACAUCAAAUUCGCUGAAAAUUACCGGCUUUACUCAAGGAGUCAUUUCAUCAAAGCGCUUGAAGUGGCACUGCUUCUUAUAGUUUACAUCGCAUAUGGGUACACAGACGGUGGUGCAGUUUCUUAUGUUUUGCUGACUCUUAGCAGUUGGUUCCUUGUCAUCUCCUGGCUCUUUGCACCAUACAUUUUUAAUCCCUCAGGUUUUGAAUGGCAAAAGACGGUUGAAGAUUUUGAUGAUUGGACCAGUUGGCUCCUAUACAAAGGUGGAGUGGGAGUGAAGGGAGACAACAGCUGGGAAUCAUGGUGGGAUGAAGAGCAGAUGCAUAUCCAAACAUUCAGAGGUCGGGUAUUGGAAACGAUAUUAACCCUGAGGUUCUUCAUUUUUCAAUAUGGCAUUGUAUACAAACUCCAUCUCACAGGAAAGGAGAAUUCACUUGCGAUUUAUGGCUUCUCCUGGAUUGUGCUGGUUGGCCUUGUCAUGAUUUUCAAGAUCUUUACCUAUAGCCCUAAAUGGUCCACUGACUUCCAGUUGGUGGUACGAUUCAUGCAAGGAGUCGCAUCCUUAGGGCUGGUCGCAGCCCUCUGCCUUGUUGUUGUGUUUACUGAUCUGUCGGUUACAGACCUGUUUGCAAGCAUCCUUGCCUUUAUUCCUACUGGAUGGGCCAUAAUAUGUCUGGCUAUAUCAUGGAGAAAGCUUGUCUGGGCUCUUGGCUUGUGGGACUCGGUGCGUGAAUUUGCCAGAAUGUAUGAUGCUGGGAUGGGUAUGAUUAUCUUUUCCCCGAUCGUAUUCUUGUCGUGGUUUCCAUUUAUUUCUACCUUCCAGUCCCGCCUUCUCUUUAACCAAGCAUUUAGCCGUGGGCUGGAAAUCUCACUUAUCCUCGCUGGAAACAAGGCAAAUGUUGAGCUCUGA